AUGGCACCUACACCGCUGGAGCUCGAUCCCAAAUAUGACGACUAUGAUUUCCCGACCGCAGCACCUGAACCCCAGGAUGGGCACCCCGGCUAUCUGACCCCCCAGCAGCAGGCUCAGGUGGCCCAGCUGCGGUUGAUGCUCGAAGCCGAGGGCUACACGAAACGUCUAGACACGCUGACGCUGUUGCGCUUUCUGCGCGCUCGCAAGUUUGACGUCGAACUUGCCAAGAAGAUGUUCGUCGAAUGCGAGAAGUGGCGGCAAGAAAUCAAGCUGGACGAGACAGUGCCGAACUGGGACUACCCCGAGAAGAAGGAGAUGUUCAAGUACUAUCCCCAGUACUACCACAAGACUGACAAGGAUGGUCGUCCCGUUUACAUCGAGCAGCUCGGGGGUAUCGACCUGAACGCCAUGUACAAGAUCACGACGGCGGAGCGUAUGCUGAUGAACCUCGCGGUCGAGUACGAGCGGGUGGCGGACCCGCGGUUGCCUGCGUGCAGCCGCAAGGCCGGAUGCCUACUCGAGACCUGCUGCACCAUCAUGGACCUCAAGGGAGUGGGCCUGGCCAAGGCGCCUCAAGUGUACAGCUACGUCAAGCAGGCGAGCGCAAUGAGCCAAAACUACUACCCUGAGCGUCUGGGGAAAUUGUACAUUAUCAACGCGCCCUGGGGCUUUAGCACGGUUUGGGGUGCCAUCAAGGGGUGGCUGGACCCCGUCACGGUGCAGAAGAUCCACGUACUUGGCAGCGGCUAUCAAAAGGAGCUGCUAAAACAGGUGCCCGCCGAGAACUUACCCAAGCAGUUUGGCGGCACCUGCGAGUGCCCAGGUGGUUGCGAGCUCAGCGAUAUGGGUCCCUGGCACGAACCGGAAUGGGCACGACCGGCCAAAUGGGAGAAGAAGGCUGAUGCCGCCAAGGAGGGUGCUGAUGCCAGCGUGGCCGCUCCCGUGCCCACUGCUACCGAGGUCAACGAGACAGCUGGCGCUCCCGCUCCGGCCGCCGCAUAG